AUGGCCGGAUCUCAAUUAAAGCAACUUAAAGCCGCACUUAAGUCAAAGGGACUUAUUGGACAAACCAAUACCAAAUCCAAAAAGGCCAAGCAUUCCCGAUCCGAAACCAAACGAGAUGAAAAGGAAAAACACAUCAAUGAUAUCCGAGAUCAAUUUAAUAAAUUUGAUCAAAGAGUAAAUAGAACCAAACAUGAUGUAUCCAUUAUUCAGAAUGGUUCAUUUGUAAAGAUGGGUUCGAAGCAACAUAAUGCAACCUCUCAACGUAAUGGAGCUGUUCAAAGGACAAUGAAGAUGCAAUAUGAAUUAGAAAAGUCUAAAAAGGGUAAAACUGGUGGAGUUUUGGAUAAGCGUUUUGGAGAGAAUGAUUCUCAUUUGACAAAGGAAGAAAAGAUGUUAGCAAGAUUUACGAGAGAAAGACAAGGGACAUCGAAGAAGAGAAAUGCGUUUUCAUUAGAAAGUGAUGAAGAGCAAGAUGAGGAGGAUUUCGAUGGUGGAUUUACAUUAACUCAUAGUGGGCAUGAGCUUUCUUUAGAUGACGAGCAGACUGUUAGAUAUGUGGAUGAAGAUUCUCUUGCUCCUGCCGAUGAAGAAGGGCAACCUCCUAGGAAAAAGAGUAAGAAAGAAGUCAUGAAGGAAGUGAUUGCCAAAUCUAAAUUCUAUAAACAACAAAGACAAAAAGAAUUCGCCAAGACUCAAGAUGACAUAGCGGAUUUGGAUGAAGAGUUUGGAGAUGUUAUGGAUGAUUUAAGAGGUAUUCAGACCAAGCAACAAUCUAUCUUCCUGACUAAGACUCCUGAGCUGAUUGAGUAUGAUGCGAAAGUUCGUGAAUUAACCUAUGAAAGAAGAGCAGUUCCUGCUGACAAAACCAAAACCGAAGAAGAGAUUCGUAAGGAGCAUGAAGAUAAAAUGAAGAAAUUGGAAGCAGAUAGAUUAAGGAGAAUGGAAGGUUUCGUUGAAGAAAGAGACGUAGUUGCUGAUGACUUGGAUGACGAGUUUUGGAAUGCAGGAAGUGAUGAAAAUGAAGAAGAAGGGUUUACAAUUAAGGAAUCUGAUAAUGAAGAAGAAGAGGAUCUUAGUGAAGAAGAAGGUGGUGAUGAACCUACUGGGAGACCAAAACGAGCCAAGACAGACGCAGUAGUUAUGCCAUCCACACAUGCAGAAUUCCUUGAUGCACAUGCGUCAUUGGAUUCUUCUAAGCAUUCAGCACAUAUUAUGAAGAUCUGUGAAACAUAUAGACCAAAUUUAGCUAUGGGAAAUAAAGAGAAAAUGAACAAUUUCGUCGGUAUAUUAUUCCAGCAUGCGUUAUAUCUUGCUGAUGAAUCCAAAGAUUUUGAACCAAUAGUUAAAAUCAUUAAGAAAUUGGCUGAGACUUAUAAUCAAACCCUUGUUGAAACUGUUCGUGAAGAAAUUAAUGAAAUUCAAACUAGAAUUGAUAAGCAAGAUUUGCAAAUGAGAGAUUUGGUUUUCUUUGUGAUUGUGGGAUUCUUGUUUUCAACAUCUGAUCAUUAUCAUUUGAUAGUUACCCCAUGUUUAAUUUUGAUGAAUGAGAUUUUGAGUUCUGUUAUCUUCCAUCCAAAAAACAUCCAAACUGUUGGACAAGGAAUAUUUAUUGUUGAUGUCUUGUUAAGUUAUCAAAGGUUUGCUAAACGAUUUGAUCCCGAAAUUGUUAAUUUCAUUGAACAAGCUACGUUGAUGUUGAUACCAGAACCAGAAAAGUUACAAGGUAAGGAUAAAUUAUUAUCAUCAACUAAACUACAAGAAGCAUUUUCCUUAUCUAAAUCAGCUAAAAUUCAACUCGAAUCACUUUCAGUAUCUCAAUUAUUCAGCACUGAAAAUGACAUAAAAUCUCAAUUAUUAGUCAAACUUGUUUCGAUAAUGGACAAGCUAGUCGCCCUCUGGAAAGAAAAAUCAUGCCUUGUUGAAAUUCUAGAAUCAUUCAUUCCAAUUCUCAAACACUUAGUCAAAUAUUUUGCAUCCACCAUGCCACAACUUGCGGAUAUCUUAACCAGAUUCACCAGAAUGCAUAAGAAUAUCGCCGCCCAACGUAAACCAUUGACAUUACAACAACAUCGUGCAAUUGCUAUUCAAACAUUAGCACCUAAAUUCGAGGAAAACUUUAAUCCAGAUAAGAAAUCUUAUGAUGUUAAUAGAGAACGUCAAGAAUUGAAUAAGGUUAAACAUCAAUUGAAGAUGGAAAGAAAGGCAGCACUUAAGGAUAUUAGACAAGAAAACAAAUUUGUGGCAAGAGAACAAAUUGGUGAAAAGAAGAAAAUGUAUGAAGAAUAUCAUCGUAAGAUGGCUAAUAUUGUUAAUUCGAUCCUGACUGUCGAAGGGGCUGAAAAGAAUCAAUAUGAACGUGAAAAGAAACAAAGAAAGGGUGGUCGAUAA